AUGUCGCGCGCGACGACGCUGUCGACGACGAUCGAGAGAUUGCUGAGAGAGCGAGGAAAACGAGAGGUCAAGGCGUGGUUGGAGAAUUAUAUGCGGCGAACGACGCCGUUUUAUGGGUGUAAGAUGCCGACAACGCGAGCGUGCGUGAAGGAGGCGGUCGCCGCGGCGAGCGAGACGCGGAAGAGACGACGAGACGACGUGAGCACGGUUUCCUACGUCGAAGACGCGGUGGCGCUCUUACAACACACGCACGGUGACGCCAAGCAAGCGGGGGCGAUUCUUUUAUGCGAGCACGAACCCGUGGACUCGUUGGCGACGCCGGAGACGCUGCGUCGACUCGAGGACGAAGUGUUGAGAGGGAGCCACGUGAACGAUUGGGCCGUCGCGGACUCGCUCGCGAUCAAGGUGUUCAAGAAGAUGUGGAAAAACAACAUCUCCCUCGCGCCGUUAAUAUUGAACUGGUCAAAAGACGAGAGCGCGACACUUUGGCAACGUCGAUGCGGGAUCGUCGCGUUUGUUUCGUAUUUCGACAAGGAACGCGACCGCGACGGACGCUGGACGCUGGACGAUUCUUUCUGGGAGGCGAUCAUCGACGCUUGCGAGCGUAAUCUUUUACUCUCUCCCGAGGAGAGAUUCACGCAGACGGGCUCGGCAUGGGUGACGCGUUACGCGUUGGCGUCGGACGAUUCGGCUGUUCGCGACUACGCGCGCGACAUGGUGCUCCGAAACGGCACCCUCUGGACGACGGAGGCGAAGAAAUCGCUCGUCGAACGAUUAUUGGCGAGAAAAAGUUCGCUGGCGAAAGAAAUUUUGCAAUUGUGA